UGAAGAAGUUCCACUUCGUGAGGAUAUUGAGAUACACGGAGAGAUUGAAAAAACUUUACUAGCACUAGAUUUCACAUGUUCCAAAGAUGAGAGUGAAGUGGAAUAUUAUUACGAUUUAAAUAGCAAGAAAAAAACUUACAAAAGCUCAUAUAUAGGAUGUUUUGCAUGA